AUGUUCACACUCCUCUCCCUGUUUUGUAUUUUGCUGCGGUCCUGGGUGAGAGCAGAGCUGGCCCAAUGUCACUGUGGUGGGCAGCUGAGGGGCUUGGAGUGCUUCCUGUCGGUCCGCGGACAUGAGGAGUUGCGGCUGGCGCUGGCCCGGCCUCGUGGUGGAAAGUAUGCUCCACUCAAGCCCAAAGCCCACCUCCCAGCCUGGGAACGGAAGCAGCGGGCCGCCAGAGAAAACAAGAACACAAUCAGACUUCCAGCGGUGCUCGGGCCAGUGAGUGGUCUGGGCCUCACAUCCCUCUUCAAUCAAACACAAACACACAUGUCUGGCCAGCCUUCACCCACGCUAUCUUUCCCUGGACCCUCAUGCCAGAUGCACACACCCUGCCCUCUCCCUCAGCAUUCCUCCUCAGCCUUCCCGCUCCCCCACCGCCUCCCUCUGCGCAUCACAUUGUCUUUCCGCUGGCUCUCCAUCUUUCUCUACUUCCUGUGUCCUGCUCCUUGUGCCCCUUCCUCCGCCCCCUCCUCCUCGAGCCCUCUUCGCUGGCCGCCUCUCUCUCUUCGCGACGUGACUUUGAGCACAGUCCGUUGA